GAGAGAGAGAGAGAGAGAGAGAGAGCGCACAAGCGUGCACACACAACUCAGGCAGAGACGGCAGCUGGCUGUCAACAUCAGGGACAUGAGCACUUGAGCAAGGAAAGAGAGAAUACAGAGAGGGUCAAAAAUGGAAGGAGAGCUGACAUGAAAUGAAGACAUCAGAAAGAAAAACACAAAGGACAACAUCUAACCCUGCUGCACCACUGGGACAGGAUGUCUCACAAGGACUUUCAGAAUGAACUCUACACUAUUGGUGAAAAGUUACUGAUCAAGUUCCAGAGAUUACCAAAGGCGGAUACAUUGGAGAUUGCAUUCUUUUUUGUCAUUGUCUUGUUCAUUGCGACAAUAAUUGGAAUGAUGAUUGUAGCCUGCGGCUAUUGCUGCUUCAACUGUGGUAACGGGAGCCCAGAUCCCAAGGGCAGGAAGAUCCGUGUUCGGCCAGCAGCCCCAUGAGUGAGCACGCAUUGCAAAAAGGUUGUGACAAUUCCAAGGAAUGAAUAUGAAGAGACUGCUGUCAGUCACCACAGGAGAAACCUUGCACAGAAGUUGACCAACAAGAUGGUAAAAAGGCGGAUGACAAACAGCAAGCAAAAAAGGGGAGAAAUCCUACAUCAACUAGGAUGUUGUGGCACAGCUGCCGAAUAAUGAAGCUAUAGAGUCCACAGUAUGUGUCUCUCUGCCUUUAACAGACAUUUUACCAGCAAAACACUAAGCCUGCCAUAGCUCGCUUGGAUAUAAAUUCCAACAUAAAACCAAAAACAGCAAAAGUCAUGAACAAUCUUAAUGAAAUUUCCAAACUUGAACAAAAGGGAGAGUUGCAGGGAGAUCCCGGACUCCAGGACUCUCCGGUUUGAGCUUCAAGCUACGUGCAAGUAACACAGUGCUUGACACAACAACUGUAAUAUGGGCCCUCUGUCUUCCUUGUUGACCAACCAUCUACAGCAAAGAACGCUAAACCACAGAAUGUCUGACUGAGUAAUCCAUUCAGGAGAUGGUGCAGCUAUGCAGUUAGCAAAUGAGCUCAGAGACUAAGAAGCCAGGUGGCGAUAAAGGUCCCCCCUCCAGACGUGACAGCUGCCAAAGAGAACACACAGACUUAUGCAAUAGCCAUUGUAUGUGUAGGGACUAGGGUGAAAUGAUGAUACCUAGUUUCCAAAACACUGUGUGUUGUUUGUCCACAUUGCAGUGAUAGUCAAUAAGCAAACAGAAAGUGCUUUUUUCUUUUCUGCUCAAAAACUUUCCUGUAUUUGCAAUAAACUAUUUAGUACUAUAGAUCCAAGCGGGCAGUCGUGUUGGUCUGAAGUAGGUGAACAAAGCAGGAGUCAAGUCACACCUUUAAGACCAAUCAAGUUUUAUUCAGAACGUAAGCUUUCGUGUGCUCUCUAAGCACACUCUAAGCCCUCGUUGAUGAAGUGUGCUUAGAGAGCGCAUGAAAGCUUAUGUUUUGAAUAAAACUUGAUCGGUCUUAAAGGUCCGACUUGACUCCUGCUUUAUUUAGUAUUAUGAAAGGGGAAGAAGAGAUUGCCCAUUCUUUCGUGUUCAGAAUCUAUCACUAAACAUCUGCUUGGGGAGUGGGGUGUUUUUUUCCCCCCUGUUAACGGUUUAUAUUUGUGGCAGUAAGAUAGCCCAGCUUUAAGGCUGUGCUCGGUGGGCUCAAAAAAAAAAGAAAGAAAGAGCAGGAAAACCCCU